AUGUCAACGGUCGAUCAAAAUCAGACAUCUCAAUAUCGUCAAACCAUAAUUAUUGGUUCUGGUACAGCUGGUUUAUCAGCGGCAUAUCAAUUACAAAAAUUAGGAUGUAAAUCUGUUUUCAUUCUUGAAGGUUCGAAUCGUAUCGGUGGUCGCAUCCUCACCGAAUACUUAGAUAAAGAUUUAACUCAACCUCUUGAAAUGGGUGCAUGUUGGAUGCAUGGUUUACAAGAAAAUCCUGUUUAUGAAUUAGCACAACGUGAAAAUUUUCCAUCACACACAGGUACAAUACUUAGUUUUGAUAUUGGUACAUGUGUAGAUGAACAUGGUUUACAAAUUUCAAGUGAUUUACAUCAUGAAGUUGACGAAUUUUUCGAAAGUUUAUUACAAGAUACACGAGAUUUAUUUGAAUAUCAACAACAAAAUAAUACACAAAUAUCAUCAACAAGUAUUCAUAAAGUUUUUUUGGAAAAAUUUGAAAAUUUUGUUAAUUUAAAUGGUGGAGAUCAGGAAACACGUUGUUUAAAACUUAAAUUACUUCAACGAAGAUUCGAUCAAGAAACAGGUGAAUGUGGUUGCCAAUCAAUGGAACAAGUAUCCUAUUCAGAAUUUGGUUCGUAUCAACGACCAAAAGGUCCUGAUAUGGAAUUUCCAUGUGGUUAUUCAACAUUAAUUCGCUUUUUAUGUUCUCAAAUACCACAAAACUGGAUUCAAUUUGAUCAAUUUGUUGAAAAUAUUUUAUGGGAUCAAAAUGAUCGUGUUCAUAUAACAUGUAAAAAUGGCAAUGUUUACGAAUGUGAUUAUGUUAUUUGUACAAUUCCAUUAGCUGUUAUGAAGUGGAACUAUAAAUCUUUAUUUACACCACCAUUACCAACAUGGAAAACUGAAGCUAUACAAAAAAUGGAUAUGGGUACUGUUGAUAAAAUCUAUUUGUUUUAUGAUCAAUUAGAUUUUUUUACUGGUGAUUCAUUAGCUAUUGUUUAUGAUCGAGAACAUGAUACAUUAGAUAUUAAAAAAGAAUGGUAUAAAAAAAUAUUUUUAUUCCAAAAAGUCUAUGAUAAUGUUUUAUUAUGUUGGAUUACGGGUGAUGAAGCUAUUUUUUGUGAACAAUUAGAUGAAACAUAUAUUGGUGAUACAUUAACAAAUCUUUUUCGAAAAUCAUUAAAAAAUCCUAGUAUACCAACACCAACAAAAGUUGUUCGAACUCAAUGGUUUUCAAAUCCAUGUGCAAAAGGAUCAUAUUCAUAUGUUCCUGUUGGUGCAUCAUCAUGGCAACAUAUUCAAGAUUUAGCAAAACCAUUAAUUUUUAAUAAUAUGUCACGAGUAUUUUUUGCGGGUGAACAUACCCAUACUCGCUAUUACUCAACUGUGACUGGUGCGUUUAUAACUGGUCAGACACAAGCUUUAUAUGUAGCACAACAAUUAAUUAGCAAUAAUGAUACGGAAAUGUUAGCUAAAGCUAACACAGAUGAUUUUACUAAAAUUCAAUGGAAACGUGAAGUAGAACCACCCUGA